UAACACCUCAAAGUGUUAACAAGGUGUCAAAAACAACUUCAAAAAAGAAAUGCAUUAAAUUGGCUGUCUGCAUGGUGGCAUUUGCAAAGAAUGAGGAAACUUAUUAAUUAUAACUUUAUCGCAUUAAUGAGGAAUGGAGGAAAGAGGCAUGACAAAAACAAACACAUUAAAAUCUUUAAAGUAUAUAUGUACCAACUCAACUAGAUCUAUUAUUUUUAUAGCUUUUUGAAGGAAACAGACUCAGGGCCAUGAAGGUUGCUGGAAUCUUAAAUCUGUCUGUUUCUCUCUUUCUUAUUGGAAGAGUGAUAUGCUCUGAUUGCCUCAAUGAAUAUAACCAGCUGCUUGAGCAGAGGGCUCCAUCACUGCACGAGACUUACUGCUGCACACCCACUAACAAUGAAAAGAACUUCUCUUUUCCAUUGAGUGGUGGAUUCACUAGAUACAUAUCGUGUACUACUGCUCCUCCUAGCUCAUGCCCAAAGUUGAAGGACUGUCAGAGUUGGUAUCAAGCAGGUAGCUUAACUAGUGGAGUAUAUACUGUCAAUCCUGAUGGAGGGACUCCAUUUGAAGUAUACUGUGAUAUGGAGACUGAUGGUGGUGGAUGGACCGUAUUUCAGAGGAGACAAGAUGGAUCUGUUGAUUUCUUUCUAUACUGGACUGACUAUGAGAAUGGGUUUGGUGAUCUUACUGGUGAGUUUUGGUUAGGAUUGAGCAAGAUUCAUCGUCUCACUAAAGAAGGAUCAAACGCACUAAGAGUGGACCUGGGAGACUUUGAUAAUAACACAGCUUAUGCUACUUAUUCUACAUUCAGUGUUGCUGACAGCAGUACAUACUAUACACUAUCAGUAGGUGGAUACUCUGGUACUGCUGGGGACAGUUUAACCUUCCACGAUCAUCACAACAAUCAGAUGUUCAGCACAAGAGAUGUCGAUAAUGAUAAUAACAUUGGUUCAUGUGCUAUCGCUCACCAAGGAGGUUGGUGGUAUAACGAUUGUGACUGGGCUAAUCUCAAUGGUCCAUACCUCACUGGUGGAGUGGUGUAUAUACAGGGACUCACCUGGUACCACUGGAGGAAUAAUUAUUAUUCUUAUAAAUUCUCAGAAAUGAAGACAAGAAAGUAAUCAAAUUACAAUUAACAUUCUGAACUUUACGGUUCAUACUCAACAUUUGAAUAAGUAUAAACAUACAUGAUUCCAAUAAUAUGUACUGCUGUUAAGUUUUAUUGUAUUUCGUCUUAAUUACACAAUGCAAA